AUGGAGGCUGCACUGCCCCCUCAGCCCAAAGGGGGCGCAGGCGGGAAGCUGCAGGGCGAGCUGGACUCAAUCUCCGAGAGGGAGGAGGAGGCCGACGUAGCAGGGGCGGACGAGCGGGCAAUCCUGCGCUAUGAGGAGCACAUCACCACACUGCUCGUCACCAUCGCCCAGCUCCACAGCAAGGCCGAGCGGCUGCAGCAGAGGAGAACCAGAGAGGAAGAUGAGUAUUCAGACCAGUGCUCCGAAUACACAGCAAGCCUUCCCAGGUGUGUGCAGAGGCCCCGGAGCUUGGCCAUCCGUCCGUUCCCCAUGGGCUGCACGGAGGAAGGAGGCAGCUCCGACGUGUUCCUAGAUCUGCAGCAGGCUGUGGCCUCUCUGGAGAACGCCGUAUUCUCCCGGCGGAGCCGUGCUCGGCUGCUUGGCAGCGCUGGUGGGGAGACGGGCGCAGGCGGCCCCAGCACGGCGGGGGAGGAGUGGGCCCAGAUAGCCAAGACCCUGGAAGAGGUAGAACGAGGCCUGGGGGGUCUUGCGGGACUCCCGGAGGACAACGGGAGCUGUCCCUGGAAGGCAGCACCCAGGGCGCCGGGGGAGAAGACGAGCGAGGCCAGCCCAGGGCUCGAAGCAGAGAACAUGAGCUGGAUCAAGAAUGAAAUAGCUGCAUACGCAGAGAGGAACACGGCUGUCCGGGUGGCGCUAGGGAGCAAGGAGGAGGAGCUAAGCAGGUCCAAGGUCACCCUGCAAGCAUUCCAGGAGGAACGGGAGAAGCUCCAGAGAAAGGUCAAGGAGCUACAGGACUCGCUGCUCAGGAUGGAGACGCCGUCCCAGCCCUGCAGCCCCUCAGCAUCCGCCAGUGACACUGUCAGCACCAGGGGGUCCGUCAGCCCCGGCGGGGAAGGGGAGCCCUGGCCAUUCCAGGACCCAGUUGCCGCGGCCCAGAGCCUGAUCCGGUGCUUUCAGAGCUGCUCCAGCACCCAGCACCUCUGCCGCCUGUUCCCCCAGCACCGCCCCCCGGCGUCGGAGAGCCACGUCAGGGAGUGGGAAGCUCGGACCCAGCAGCUGCGAGGGUGCAUCGAGCGGCUCAAAGGCCUGAACCAGCUGCUCUCGGGGACCCUGCGGGAGUGGAAGGGCCACUCGGAGCGGCUCAGCAUGGGGCUGGGACAGCACGAGUCCAACAGCACGGCCCUGCGCCUGGCCGCGCAGUACAGCGAGCGCUGCAUGGAGGCCUACGAGGUGCUGCUGCCCCUGGCCGGGGUGAAGCUGGGGCCCUGGCAGGAGCCAGAGGAGGAGGGAGACGCCCUGGACAAAGGAGAGCCCGGGGCGCGCGCCCCCAAUAGCCCGGGCGGCAGGACGGGGGCCGUGCUGGACGAGGCCAGGAGGUUCCUGGGGAGAGCGGAGCCCGAGGGCGAGGAGGCCGGGUCAGGGCAGGACGGGGCUGCCGGGACCCAUGGAUGGAAAAGCGCCCCCAGCCCCAGGGCCCAGGCGCCCGGGGGAGCAGAGGAGGGGAUCCUGUACGAGUACAUCCGGCGGCUGCGGGCGGAGCAGGCCUCCGUGGAGGUCUCCCUGCUGGAUCUGGGCUGCCAGGCGGCGCCUGGUUCCGUCGGUGCCGUGAUCCAGAGUAACGACGCCAUCAAGGCCAUGGUGGACGAGGCUGUCAGGGUCGCAGGCGGGGUCCUGCCUGGGGAGACACCAAGUCCAAAGAUGGAGAAGCCACAGCUGCUGCACGACUUAGUGGCCAGCAGGGAGUCAAUGGCGGAUCUGAAGACCCGGCUGCACCUGGCGGAGAAGGAGACACGAGGCCUGGAGCUCUGCACCUACACGCACCGGGCGCAGGAGGCCGCCCACCUGCUGCUCAUCGAGCACCUGCAGGGGGAGCUGGCCGAGCAGCGGGGCCGGCGCCCCAGCUCCGGGAGCAGCAGCAGCGGAGACAGCAGCAGUUGCAGCAGCUGCCGCGGGGACGUCGGGAGACGGGAGGCAGAAGCGGCGAGACCCCAGGCUGCCCUGGAUCGGGAGACGAUGAUGCUGGAGCUGGUCGGGGCGCUGGCCCGGAGCAGGGAGCUGAGGGGCCAGGCCCAGGCCCUGGCGGCCUCCCUGGAGCAGCGCAGCGCGGCCAGCCGGGCGCAGCAGGCCCAGUGCGUCGGGAUCACCAGAGACUUCUUCCAGGCUCACAGCGCCCUGGUGCUGGCCUACAGGAAUGCCAGGAGGAAGCAGGAGGCUCAGCUGCGGAGGCUGGAGGCCCAGAUGGGCGCGAUGGGCGAGCGGCACAGGGAGCAGCUGCGCUCGCUCACGCAGGCCGUGCAAAGGCUGGAAGAGCGGCGCGUGGCCGCGGCCGGCAGCGAGACCUGCAUCUAGGGCAGAGCCACGGCGGGCAGUGGGGGUGGCCGAGUCCCUCCCGUGGGCGUGCAGGGGGAGACCAGCUGGCAGGGCCCGGGGUCGCCUCUCCAAUCCAUGGGGAGCUGGGAGCAGGGGGGUCUUCUGUUGGUUGAGUUUAUUGCUCAUAAAUCACAACCCGCGGCCCCCUGCUAGCCCAGCCCUGGGCUCCCCACACACAGCUGUGCCGAUGCCCCCCGGCCUGUCCUGGUUUCCCACACACAGAGAGCUGCUGCUGCCACUGGGCCAAGCGUUGGGGGGAGGUUAGCGCUUGGGAGGUUUAUUCUCGGUGCUGAUCAGGAAGGGGUUAAUAGCGGGGGGCUGUACAGGUGAAUUGGGUCGGGUUUUGGUCCAUGCUGG